AUGGUCGUCAAACAAGCAUUCGACGCAGCUUGCUGGACUGCCGAGACGGUUAAGGGAGCGAUCAAGGUGUUGAUCAGCCCAAAUGCCCCGGUCCCAAAAACCGACUUGCACCCACGCAUGAUGGCUCGUCCAUGGACUGCGCAGGAAUAUUUGCGAAUGUGGUCUUGGCGAUACAAUUGGAAGUACAUUCCAAUUUUCCGCUUCUACAUCUACUCGGGUAUCAUCGUGUAUGGAAUCUACAAGUUCUUGCUUCCAAUUCAACCUCGCCAUCGUGUCGCUUACACCAAAGGCAAGGAGGAUCACCAUCACCACGAGGUUGAGCACUGGUAUGGUAUUCGGCAGAAGGUUCAAGACAAGGAGUACUUCAAGAAAUACAACCCCCUCAAGAAGCCUGGAGAUGUCGAAGUUGGCGGCCAC